AUGGUAUUAGAGCACCUUCGAAGCUAUGUAGCAGCCGUCAUGAUGAACACAGUAGCCGGUGAAGGAAAUUCAGCAAAUCCUAUGAAUCAAAGUCCGAUCCAGCGCAACGAGGAGUUCGAUGAUCCACUUUACUUGCAUUUCACUGAGAAUGGAAACACAGUUCUAGUCUCUCCUCCCUUGUCCGAAGUUAACUAUGCUUCAUGGAGCAAAUCCAUGAAGAUAGCUCUUGAAAUCAAGAACAAAUUUGGCUUCGUUGUCAAUUCCACCAUUGCGGAGAGUAUGAUCUACUUCGACAAAGCAUCAAACAUCUGGAGUGCACUCAGCAAGAGGUAUUCGCAAGCUGAUCUUCACAAGAUUACUGAACUUCAGAACGAGAUCUUCAGGAAUGUGCAAGGUAAUAUGAAUCUUAAUGAGUGUUUUACAAAAUGUAAUGCACUUUGGGAACAAAUGAAUGCUAUGAGACCAUUGCCUACCUGUGAAUGUACUCCUAGAUGCUCAUGUACUUUGAUAAGUAAGAUACAGAAAGAGAAACAGGAUGACCAGAUUAUUAGAUUCCUAGAGGGGUUGAAUGAUGAGUUUGAGUCAAUAAAGGCAGGAGUUCUAGUCAUGGAUCCAAUUCCAACUAUGGAAAAGGUUCUUAACAUGACACUAAAGAUAGAAAGGAAACUCAAGGCAGUCACCAAUCAAAAGAAUGUUGAGAUAGUUCAGGCAAAUUCUGGGCAGACUAACCAAAACCAGUCUGCAGAUGAACAAGGAAUCAUAGUCUUUUCAGCUUUAAAUAACAAGAAGAAAUUCAAUAACAGUGGGGGGAGAAACAUACCUAAAUGUACAUAUUGUAGUAUGAUUAGUCACACAGUUGAAAAAUGCUACAAGAAGUAUGACUAUCCUCUAGGCUGGGUGGCAGGUUAUAAAUCCAGAAACAAACAGGGUCCAGAUUCUGCUAGUCCUUCUGUGAACCAUGUUGGAGAUAUAGGGAUGACUGCAGAUCAAUUUUAG